AUGUCGAGUGUUGCAAUGGUUUUUGCACUUUUGGCACUUCAUGCCCACUUUUUGGGCUGUGAUAACGUAUGUUGGAACGUGAAUACGGAACAUUUGGUGACAUUUUAUCCAUCCAGACACUGUCAGCGCUCCAAUAAGUCCAUUUUGAUGCUGGAAAAUUUCCAAACAGUUGAGCAAUGUGCAAAUUUGGCGCGCGAAAGCAAAGCCUUGGCAUUCAAUUACGCUCCGACGCAUCGAGGAACCAUCAAUAAAUUCAUAAAUGUGAAUAAAACAACGAAGCCAUUUGAGGAUAGUAAAUAUCCAUCGGGAAAGGAUAUCAUUGAGCAGUCUGAGGAGUACUUCAAUUGUCAAAUUCUCCAGUGUCCCGAAUUGAAGAAUCUCUCCACAAUGAUUAAUGACACGCGCUUCGAAUACUACAGUCUCUAUGUCAAUCCUCCAUUGCCUCUGAACGCAACGUGUAUGCCAGGAUUGGGCAUGUUUGUCUACUACGACAAACCGGAGAACUUCACGCGAGCUUUCAACAUUUGCCGAGAGCUUAAAGGCAAACUGGCGGAUGUUUUGUCUGAGCAACGCACCAAUUUGCUCUCCAAGUGGAUCAAGAGCAAAUUCAACACCACCCAUCGUGAUAUGGCGUUCGUUGACUUGAAGGAGCUGGAGAACAAUGGAACAGUGUCUAAACAUAAAUAUUACACGUCGGAUGGCUUUCCCAUCGACUGCUUUCCUUAUCGUGCUUGGAGUCCAGGAUUUCCACGAACAGAGUGCAAUCUCACUGGCGAGAGCGGCGAAUGCACGUCCUCACGGCACAACACUCAACUUCACAGUGAGGAGCAAAUCUCAACUGCCGGCGUCGCGUGCCGCUCUUCGCUCUCUUCGCGGCGUUUGUGGCCGAAGAGACCGGCGAGAGCUGCAGCGCAUGCUUCGCCGCGAAUGGGGAACAACUUUCGCCGCAAGCGUGACUCACAAGCACGCCGGAAUCUGCGGCAAACACGUGAAAAGCCGGGAAAAUUUGCCCACAAUUCUCCAUUUGGCAAUUUGCAGUUGACGCUUUGA